AACUUAAAAUUACAGACGGAACCGCCGGUCGCCGCCCGCCGGGACCCGUCGACGUUGGGCCGAGCUCCGGGGAAGAUCCAGCCGGGCGCGGAGCGGCUCUCGCCGGGUUUGGAUCACUUUUGAGCGCGGGGCGGAAAGUGUGUGAUGAGUCCGGGGCUGCGAACAGAGAACUUGCCGCUGCGCUGAGGAGUUGUUCUUUCUCUUGUUAUUGUGCCGGAAAAACUGUUUUCAAUUCCCGGGAACUCGGCGGCGGCGGCGGCGAAAGUGCGAGAAAAGUGUCUGUGUGGCGGGGACAUGGAAGUCCAGGGCCCGCGCGAGUCGCUGCAAGUGGAGCUCCAAUGUCAUCAGAACCAGACGCUGUGUAAAGGCCUGAAUGAGCUUCAGAAUGGACAGAAGCUGGCAGUCAGAACUUGUCCUGUAGGGACGACCAAGCCGCUGUCCCUCAUCAAGCCGCCCAGCCAGAGCAUCGCCCUCUCUGUGGUGCCGGCCAAGGCCCCCGGGUCCAUGGUGACCGCACACGUCAACGGACAGAAGGUGGCGAGUUCGGAGCCGCUGCAGCCCCCCCCCCUCAACCUCCAGACCGCCGGAGUCCACACGUUCAGCAGCCGGAGAGCUGGGGAGCUGCCUCCGUCUCAGAUGCUGGGACCUCUCACUGCUGUGCCCAUCAAGGUGCCUCAAGUCAGCUCCCUGCACCGGCUGGCAGGACAAGCAGCCACUGUGCUACCUCAGGUCAGGCCAAAGACCCAGAUCCCGGUAAGGCUUCCCCACAGCCCCUGUCAGGAGCCGCAGCCGCUCGGCCUGCAGAGGGCCCCCGCCGUGGUCAGUCCCAAGAGUCAGGGCCCCACCCUGCCCACCGCCAACAGCACCUUCAGUCCCGACCAGCAGCCCAACAGCCAGAGCGACGCCUCGCCGCCCCCGGCCCCUCCCCAUGGGCCGUCGGGGGGCCCGGACCCCAGCAGUCCGGCCCAGCACGCCUCGCCACCCCCGGCCCCUCCCCAUGGCCCGUCGGGGGGCCCGGACCCCAGCAGUCCGGCCCAGCACGCCUCGCCACCCCCGGCCCCUCCCCAUGGCCCGUCGGGGGGCCCGGACCCCAGCAGUCCGGCCCAGCACGCCUCCGCCGGACCCGGCGUGGCGUGCGCCCUCAUUGCAUCUUCUCCCGCCACAGUGACCGGAGUGUCGGCUGUCAGCGAGGCCGUCAAGGUGAUAAUAAUCCAGCCGCCGGCGCCCAGCAGCCCCGACGGGCCCCCGGGGGCCGACCUGCCGCCACAGGAGGCUCCGCCCACUCCCAAGUCCCCGUCGCAGAGGAAAAAGCACGAGGACGAGGACGAGGACCACGAGAAAAUCGCCUUCAUGGUGGCGCUCGGCCUCGUGACCACGGAACAUCUGGAGGAGAUUCAGAUGAAGCGUCAGGAGAGAAAGAGACGAAGCACGGCCAACCCGGCGUACAGCGGCCUGUUCGAGCCCGAGCGUAAACGACUUGCGUCACAUUACCUGAACAGCGCCCUCUUCCUGUCAGCACGAGACUCUGAGGAUUUCUGCUGGAAGGAGGACGUGGAGCAUGACGACCACUGUGCCAUCUGUAAGGAGGACGGAGAACUGCAGCUCUGCCACAACUGCCCCCGAGCCUUCCACCCCCCCUGCCUGCAGCCGCCCCUCAGAACCCCCCCCAGGGGCCCCUGGUACUGCCCCAAGUGUCAGAAGAAGGUUUUGAACAAAGAAAACAUGUCGUGGCCUCAGAACUUUGUUCAGUCCUACGUCACACACAAGACGGUGAGGCAGGAGGAGAAGCGACGACUCCUGAGAAGAAACAACGAGCUGAAGAAAGAAUGUUCUCAUCUGGAGGAACAAGACGAACAACUCAACCAGACGCUGAAGCAGUGUCAGGACGUGAGGGAGCGCUUGCUCGACCAGCAGAGAGAUACUCACGCGUCGCUCGACCGCCUCAAGUCUCUCAUCCGGCUGAUCCAGCGCGACCAGCUCAUCCAGGUCACCAUGACCACCACGGCCACCAUCGCCACCUCCCUGCUCUCCCAGUCCUGGAUCAAACCCACCAGCACCGCCGCCCCGGGGCCGUCGGACACGCCCCUGCAGAAGAACCACGCCCACAGCCAGGACAGCGGCGACAACUAGCCCCGCCCCCUGCGGUCCUCGAGGACGGUGAUUUCUUUCAGAGUUUCCAACGACACUCGAUUCAAGUAUUUUUUAAAUUCCAACACCUACAGUGCUUACGAGAUUUCUUUCUUUUUUUAAGUUCUUUUCUAUUUAUUCAUGUUCUUGGCCUUAAUGUAUUUAUUACAAAACGUUAGACGACUGAGCCGCCGCAGGAAGAAGGAGUUUUUCUGCGCGCUCCGAAAGAAGUUUCCCUUUUUUAACACAGGUAUAAAAACGUUGUGGCUUAGCGAGAGAGAGCGGGCGAGUUGGUCGCAGAGCGCAGACGAGCUGGAUGCAAGUGAACGACUGUACAUUGAUAUAUCUGAGUAGAUGUUUGUUCUCAUUCUCCUAUGAACAAUGUUUUUUGCCAUAAUAAUUCAGGAAGAUGUUUCAUGGUGUAUGUAAACGAGCCUUCAAACAAAAACAGAGAAUAACUUUUUUUCAGUAUUAAUAGAGUUAAAGUCAAAGAAAAAAGUAUUUAAGAUAAAACUACAGAAAUUAGCGUUUCUAGUGGAGAUUUUAGUAUUUUCAUGCUGAUGCCUGUUGAUAAAUGUAAGUUUGGAGUAUUCAAGGGGAUCACUGUACAUAUGUUGUAUUAUUAUUAUUAUGAUUAUUAAUAUCAUCAUCGCAGGUUUUCUUGGUUGUCAAACAUCUGAAACUGAAGCGAGUCCUGUUUGUAAAACUGACGAAACAAGAACAUGAGUUUGAUUCAGAUUUAAAUUCAUUCAUUUUUCAUUUAUUUGGUCGACGUUUGUUCUUUAAAGGAGACAUAUUCAGGUUGAUCAUUUUAAUAAGUGUCAAAUGUUCUCAUGUUCAAAAAGCUGCACAAAUAGGAAAUGAAAGCAGAUAGACUAUAGACACAUGAGCAGCUCUUGGUGCUCUGGUGAAGUUAUGGUGAGGAAAUAUGAUCCGGACGAGUGAGGUGGAGCUUCAGGAGCUUCAGGAGGUUGAGAAGAUUGAGGAGCUCCAGGAGGUUGAGGAGCUCCAGGAGCUUCAGGAUUUUCAGGAGGUUGAGAAGAUUGAGGAGCUCCAGGAGGUUGAGGAGCUCCAGGAGGUUGAGGAGCUCCAGGAGCUUCAGGAUUUUCGGGAGCUCCAGGAGGUUGAGGAGAUUGAGGAGCUCCAGGAGGUUGAGGAGUUCCAGGAGGUUGAGAAGAUUGAGGAGCUCCAGGAGGUUGAGGAGCUCCAGGAGCUUCAGGAGCUUCAGGAGGUUGAGAAGAUUGAGGAGCUCCAGGAGGUUGAGGAGCUCCAGGAGGUUGAGGAGCUCCAGGAGCUUCAGGAGCUUCAGGAGCUCCAGGAGCUCCAGGAGGUUGAGGAGCUCCAGGAGCUCCAGGAGCUUCAGGAGCUUCAGGAGCUUGAGGAGCGCCAGGAGCUUCAGAAGCUUGAGAACAGAGUGAAAGCUUUUUAACUGCAGAACUUUAAAUUCACAGAGGAAAGAAACCGUGAAAAACAUCUUAUGUCUCCUUUAAAUUUAAAACGUGAUUUCAUAAGUUUUUCUUCUAAAAGGUGAAAACGUUUCCGUGUUAAAUUUCGAUUUGAUGCUUUUCAGUAAUCUCCUUGUUUCUGCUUCUUAAAAGAAGAAUCAGCUCAUUUUCUUGUUUGAGGAAACAAACAGUUCCGACCUCCAGUUUGUUUGUUCCCAGCUGCACUCGAACACAACACGUCGACGCCUGAGUCCACGUGCGAUGCACCCGCUCAUCCCCCGUUCCCCUUUAACCAGUAUAGAAAAUAUGCCAAAAACUCUUUGUUUUUGUACUGGGCCGGCUCCUCCCAUGUCCGUUGUGCGUUCGUCCCCCUGUCUCCGCCCGCUGGUGGUUUUUGGCGUUGAAUCUUUUUUUACUGGUGUUUGACGAACAGUCCUUUGAUCCAGGUUCUCGUAGAAACCAGUCACUCACACUUGGGACAACUCUUUGACCGUCGGUGGACGGGCGGGACGCAGAGGACGGCGUCCUGGGGACAACACAGAGAACCGGGACGCCUCCGUCACGUGUCGCCCCCCCAUCGACCUCACUUGUCUUCCUGCUGGUCCAGAGAGGUUCCGUCUAAUUGUUGAAGACGUAGAUUUAGUCCAUUUUUUAUUUCCUGUGGUCUCCACAGUGGAGGUGCGGCCUCUGACACCUGCUGAUGCACAAACAUGAACAAACGGUGGAAAUGAUUCAGAGAAAAAUGCCUUUAUCACGAAAAGAGAAAAGACUUAGAGAUGAUUUUAUUUGAAUUGCAUCAUAUCCUGAUCGUGUGUUUGUUCUGUGACGUAUCGAAGAUACCGAUCCGUGUUGUUGGAGAAACUUUGUCUGCAUAGAAAUGAAAUCCUGGUUCGACAAGUCCGACUCAAAGUUAAACUCAUAAACAUAUCAUGAUGAUGUUCCUGAAGAGAAACACGUUAAACCUGAAGCAGAUGUGAAGCCACUUCCUCUCGAUCCCAAACUUCAGGAAUCUGAAACUUUAUAAAAAGUCAAACCAACUUUGUCUGACAGAAACUGAUUCAAACUUUCUAAAUUUAAACCGAUUCUACACGUAAACAGACUCUGACCUGAAAUCUGUUUAAUCUUCUAAUUUAAAGGUUCAGACCUCGAAUACGACAAAUAAAAUAGAAACAUCUAAAGGAAGAAUACGGAACCUGGAGUUAAUUAUCAAGAUCAAGACGAAUAUGAAGACGUCAGACAUCUUGUUUUGUUCGGAUCAGAAUAAACAGUUAUAAUAAAGAAACGUGUAAAAACUGUGGGAAACAAAAGUUAUUUAUCAGCCGAUUGUUUCAUCUCCAGCUCGGUUUCUGGUUCAUUUGCCUUUUCUAACGAACCGAGUCCUGAGCAGUUUGAAUUUCACCUCAGAGUGACGUGAACAAACCAUAUCAGCACUCUGUCACAUUGACCCCGCCCCCUUCAGACCCCGCCCCCUGGGAAUCAACCGUUACAAAAGGCCCCUCCCAUCACCGCCCCCUGACCUCGUCAUCCAUUUCUAGAACUCUUCUCCGGGAGAAACUGUGCAGUGCUUAAACAGAUCUAUUUUAAUACACAACUCAACAUUUGAACAAAUAAGAAAAGACGUAGAACAUUUUAUAUUCUUUUAUCAAGGAGCAAAAAAAAGAACAGAACAUUUCUAUGGUUUGCUGGUUCUGCAUUCUGACUCUUUGUAUGAUUUACGCCACAAGGAGGCGCCGACGAGACGAGGGCGUUUAGAUGGAAAUGAAAAUGUCUGUUGAAGUAGAAGUUUCUUUGUCAUUGCUAAGGGGACUGUCCAGUGGAUAGUGUGUAUAGGAAAGUGUUUGUCUUAAAUAUGCCAAUGUAGUUUUUUCUUCUUUAUGAUGCAUUAACAACUUGAUGGAUGGACGUUGGUAAAUGGUUAAAGAGUAGUCUCACUUUUUUGUACCAAGUUCUUACAAAAAAUUGAAUCAUUAAUAAACAAAUUCAAGAACAAA